AUGGCAAUAAAAGAUAAAGAAAAUAUAAAAUCAGUAUUAUUAAUUGGUGGUUCAGGUUUUUUAGGAUUGCAUUUAAUUCAACAAUUCUAUGAAAAUAUUUCAAACGUAAAAAUUUCAGUAUUUGAUAUUCGUCCAUUACCUACUAAAUUAUCAAAAUUUUUCACAUUUCAACCUGAAAAUAUAACGUUUUAUCAAGGUGAUCUUACAGAUGAGAAAGAUGUAUCAGAAGCAAUAAAAAAUUCCAAAUGUGAUGUAUUAGUACAUUCAGCAUCACCAAUGCAUGGAUUAUCACAAGAUAUAUAUGAAAAAGUAAAUAUAAGGGGAACAGAAAAUUUAUUAAAAGUUAGUAAAAAAUUAGGUUUAACAUCAUUUGUAUAUACUUCAUCAGCUGGUGUAAUAUUCAAUGGUCAAGAUGUUAUAAAUGCUGAUGAAAGUUGGCCAUACCCAGAAGUUCAUAUGGAUGGAUAUAAUGAAACAAAAGCUAUUGCAGAAACUGCAGUUAUGGAAGCUAAUGAUCCAAUAAAUAAUUUCAGAACUAUAUGUUUAAGACCUGCUGGUAUAUUUGGACCUGGUGAUAGACAAUUAGUACCUGGAUUAAAAGCAAGUGCAGAAUUAGGACAAUCUAAAUAUCAAUUAGGUGAUAAUAAUAAUUUAUUUGAUUGGACUUAUGUUGGUAAUGUAGCUGAUGCUCAUGUAUUAGCAAGUAUUAAAUUAUUUAGUGAAACUAGAGAUUUAGUAUGUGGACAAACUUUUUUUAUAACAAAUGAUGCACCAACUUAUUUUUGGACUUUAGCAAGAACUGUUUGGAAAAAUGAUGGAUAUAUUGAUAAAUAUUAUAUUAAAUUAAAUAAACCUGUUGCAAUAUGUUUAGGAUAUAUUAGUGAAUUUGUAUCAAAAAUGUUGGGUAAAGAACCUGGUAUUACUCCUUUCAGAGUUAAAGUUGUAUGUGCAACAAGAUAUCAUAAUAUAAAUAAAGCAAAGAAAUUAUUGGGGUAUGAACCAAAAGUUGAUUUGGAAACUGGUAUAAAGAAUACAUUAGAAUGGAUUAAUGAGAAAUUAUAG